AGUCUCAGACAGGUUCAGGUCUACAGAGAGUCUUAGACAGGUUCAGGUCUACAGAGAGACUCAGACAGGUUCAGGUCUACAGAGAGACUCAGGCAGGUUCAGGUCUACAGAGAGUCUCAGACAGGUUCAGGUCUACAGAGAGACUCAGACAGGUUCAGGUCUACAGAGAGUCUUAGACAGGUUCAGGUCUACAGAGAGACUCGGACAGGUUCAGGUCUACAAAGAGACUCAGACAGUUUCAGGUCUACAGAGAGAUGAUGAUGAAGAUGAUGAAGAUGAUGAUGAUCCUCGUCCUCUCCGGUCUCCUCUGUGUCUCAGCUGACGUUCUACAUGAGGACAUUUAUAUCAACGGCUGUUCAGACUCUGAUGGAGAGUCCAUGUAUGCUCUGGAUGGUGAAGAGAAGUGGGUUGCAGACCACAUCAACAAGAGAGGAGUCGAGCCUCAGCCCAGUUUCGUAGAUCAUAUUAGGUACCCAAGAGGAUUUUAUGAACAAGCUGUGAGUGAUCAACAGGUCUGCAGAGGGAGCCUGAAGAUAUUACGUAUAGUCAUUAAGGACCCACUGGAGAACGAUCCUCCUUCCAGUCUGAUGAUCUACACCAGAGAAGACGUGGAGCUCAGAGAGAAGAACACCCUCAUCUGUUAUGUGACUGGUUUCUAUCCUGCUCCUGUCAACUUCUACUGGACAAAGAACGGAGAGAACGUCACCCAAGGAACCAGCACCAACGUUCCCUACCCCAACAAAGACGGUUCCUUCAACCAGUUCUCCAGACUGGAGUUCAUCCCUCAGCUGGGAGACAUCUACAGCUGUACAGUCAAACAUCUGGCCCUGGACCAACCACUGACCAGAAUCUGGGAUGUGGAGAAGACUCAGCCCGGUAUUGGACCUGCAGUUUUCUGUGGACUGGGUCUGACUGUCGGUUUGCUCGGUGUGGCUACUGGAACCUUCUUCCUCAUCAAAGGAAACAAGUGCAGCUGAUUGGUCGGGACUGAUGAUGAUGUCAUUACUGCUUAUGUAGAGAGAC